AUGAAGUUCUCAAUUGUGUUGCCCCUUGCGGGUGCACUCCUGGCUGCUGCUGGUCCUAUUCAGCAGCACCCCAUGGAGGGCUGUGUCCCCCGAAGUGUCUUCGACCUUGAUGGUUGUCUCGACACUUGCAACGAUUUCCUCGUCAGCGACUCUGACCCCGAGCAGUGCCUGCAGUGCCUGACUGUCUAUGAGCUCGACAACAAAAACACCGUGCUCAGCACCCUGGAGGAGCAGGGCCUCCCCAUGCAGCCUGAGGUGCCCGUUUGUGGUGUCUCCGCCCCCAUGAUUACCCCCGGCCCCGCUAUUCCCGUUCUCGCUAAACGAGCUCCCAUCUCCACCGUCACAUCUUGCUCUGCUCCUCCCAGUGAUCAGCAGACCUGUUUCAACCAGUGUGCCGCUGUCAUUCGAGACAUUGCUCUUUGUCUGGGCAUCCAGUCCUGCAUUUGUGACCGAAUCUCUAAGACCCUGGACAAUAUCAACAACUGUCUGGAUUGUGUGACCCAUUUCACUGCCCUGAACAACAUCCUGGAUAUCCCCAACCAGAUUGUCAAGUUCCUGGCCGGCUGCAGCCAGCCCACUACUGCUGAGCCCGUUUGUGUCACCAGUGUCAUUGAUCCUGAUGUGACUUGUGAACCUCCUCAGGUGUCCACCACCUGUACUGCUCCUCCCAAGCCUAACCUGUCUUUCUUGCAGUGUACCCAGACUUGUACCAGCAUCAUCACCAACGUCGGUCUAUGUCUGGGUGUUAAGGAUUGCGUGUGUUCGCGGCUGAUUGGUCUCACCUCUUCCAUCGCUACCUGCCUGUCCUGUAUCACCAUCUUCGACCUGUCGGCCAUCCCUAACCUGGCUACUGGUCUGCUCAACUGGCUUGGAAACUGUGGACUGGACGCUGGUCAGACUCUGCAGUGUGAUACCAGCACCACUCCCGGUGCUUGUCAAACCAUCGCUCCUCCUUCGUCGUCGACCGUCGAGGCCACCACAACUUCGGCUGAGUCUUCUUCGUCUGAGGCUCCUUCUUCGUCUGCUGCUCCUUCCAGCUCUGCAUCUUCCGAGGGACCUUCCUCCACCGAAGCUUCUUCGUCUACUGAGGCUCCCUCUUCUUCUUCCGAGGCUCCCUCUUCUUCUUCCGAGGUUCCCUCUUCUUCUGAGGCCCCUAGCUCUUCCGCUGCCGAGUCCUCGACCGAGGCUGCCUCUUCCACUGAUGCUGCUUCAUCGACUGAGGCUCCCGCUUCUUCUUCCGAGGCCCCCAGCUCCUCUGCUGCCGAGUCUUCCACUGAGGCUUCCUCCGCUCCCAGCUCUUCUGAUGCUGUCUCCAGCACUGAGGCUCCCAGCUCCUCUGACAACUCGGCUGCUUCUUCUACCACAGAUGGAUCUGGCGCUUCUUCCACUGAUACUGGUGCUUCUUCAACUGAUACUGGUGCGUCUUCUACUGAUGCUGGUGCUUCUUCCACUGAUGCUGGUGCUUCUUCCACUGAUGCUGGUGCUUCUUCUACUGAUGCUGGUGCUUCUUCCACUGAUGCUGGUGCUUCUUCCACUGAUGCUGGUGCUUCUUCCACUGAUGCUGGUGCUUCGUCCACUGAUGCUGGUGCUUCGUCCACUGAGACUGGUGCUUCCACUACCGACAACUCAGGUGCUUCUUCCACUACCGACAACUCCGGUGCUUCUUCCACUACCGACAACUCCGGUGCUUCUUCCACCGCCUCUAACACUGACGGCUCUGGAUCUUCCACUGAUGGUUCUGGAUCUUCCACCACUGACAACUCUGGCCAGUCUUCUGUCCCCAGCUCUGUCACUGCUCCUCCUUCUUCUGCAACAGGCCCUGUUGCUACUACGAUCACUUCUUGCAGCUCCAUCACCUACCCCAAGGAGACCUGUAUUCAGAAGUGCAGUGAUGUCAUCAGCCAAAUCGCUCUCUGUGUUGGCGUGAAGCAGUGCAUCUGUGACCGACUCCUUACUCUCAACGACAACGUCAACGCCUGUCUAUCUUGUGUCACCUACAUUGACUUCACUGGUAUCUUUGAUAUUCCCGGUCAGCUUCUCCAGUUCCUUGGCCAGUGUGAUGUUGCUACUACCCCUACUGAGGUUUGCACCACUCAGACUAUUGACCCCAACGUGUCGUGUGAGCCCGAUGUCACUUCAUCCACUUGCUCUGUCGUUAACCCCUUUGAUCUCACUCUGUCCCAGUGCAUGACCACUUGUACUGGUGUUAUCUCCUCCGUCGGUCUGUGUGUCGGUCUCCAGUCUUGUAUCUGUGAUCGACUUGCAAACUCUGCCAAGGAUGUUGGUGACUGUAUCCAGUGCCUCUCUCUCUUCGAUCUUGGCAACAUCCCCUACCUCGCUGCCAACUUCCUCAACUGGCUUGGAAAGUGUAACGUUCAGUCUACUGCCUCUUCCAACUGUGUCUACCAGACCAUCACCGGCGAGUGUGUCACCAAGACCCCAGCCACUUCUGAGGCCAUUACGACAUCUGCUGAGCCUUCUUCCUCUGCAGGACCAUCUCCUUCAAGCUCUGUGACUGAUACCACUCCUUCUUCCACUGGCUCUGGAUCUGGCGAGUCCUCCUCCGCUCCUUCCUCUACUGGCGGUGCUGGCGAGUCCUCAACUACAGGUGGUGCUGGCGAGUCCUCUACUACUGGCGGUGCUGGCGAGUCCUCUACUACUGGCGGUGCUGCUACCCAGACUGGCGGCAACGGCAACAACUCUGGUUCCAACACUGCUACUCAGACCGGUUCUAACACUGCUACCCAGACUGGCGGCAACGGCAACAACUCUGGUUCCAACACUGCUACUCAGACUGGCGGCAACGGUAACAACUCUGGUUCCAACACUGCUACUCAGACUGGCGGCAACGGUAACAACUCUGGCUCCAACACUGCUACUCAGACUGGCGGCAACGGCAACAACUCUGGUUCCAACACUGCUACUCAGACUGGUGGCAACGGCAACAACUCUGGUUCCAACACUGCUACUCAGACUGGCGGCAACGGCAACAACUCUGGUUCCAACACUGCUACUCAGACUGGUGGCAACGGCAACAGCUCUGGUUCCAACACUGCUACUCAGACUGGUGGCAACGGCAACAACUCUGGUUCCAACACUGCUACUCAGACUGGCGGCAACGGCAACAACUCCGGUUCUAACACUGCUACCAACUCCGACGAUAACACUGCUUCUCCUACAUCUUCCGCUGCUACCACCUCUACCACUGGUGGAAACGGUGGAAACGGAGGCGACAACGGCGGAAACAACGGCGGAAACGGAGGCGACAACGGCGGAAACAACGGUGGAAACAACGGUGGAAACGGCGGCUCUGAUGGUGGCAACAACGGAGGUAACAAUGGCGGUUCCAACGGUGGAAACAACGGUGGAAACGGCGGCUCUGAUGGUGGCAACAACGGAGGUAACAACGGCGGUUCCAACGGCGGAAACGGCGGCUCUGACGGUGGCAACAACGGAGGUAACAACGGCGGUUCCAACGGCGGAAACGGCGGCUCUGCUGGCGACAACGGCUCUGGCUCUGGUUCUGGCUCCGGCUCCGGCUCUGGCUCUGGCUCCGGCUCCGGCUCUGGUUCCGGCUCCGGCUCUGGUUCAGGCUCUGAGGGCUCUGGCUCUGGCUCUGGCUCUGGCUCCGGCUCUGGCUCUGAAGGCUCCGGAUCUGGUUCUGGCUCUGGCUCUGGCUCUGGCUCCGGCUCUGGCUCUGGCUCUGAGGGCUCCGGAUCUGGUUCUGGCUCUGGCUCUGAGGGCUCCGGUUCUGGCUCUGGUUCCGGCUCUGAGGGCUCCGGCUCUGGCUCUGGUUCCGGCUCUGAGGGCUCCGGCUCUGGCUCUGGUUCCGGCUCUGAGGGCUCUGGCUCUGGCUCUGGUUCCGGCUCUGAGGGCUCUGGCUCCGGCUCUGGUUCCGGCUCUGGCUCUGGCUCUGGCUCCGGCUCUGGCUCUGGCUCUGGCUCUGGCUCUGGUUCCGGCUCUGGCUCUGGUUCCGGCUCUGGCUCUGGCUCUGGCUCUGGAUCCGAGGGCUCCGGCUCUGGCUCUGGUUCCGGCUCUGGCUCUGGCUCUGGCUCUGGAUCCGAGGGCUCCGGCUCCGGCUCUGGCUCGGAAGGACCUUCUCAGGCCAACUCUGCCUCCACUUUUGGCGUUUCUGCUGCCAUGAUGACUAUUAUGGUCAUGGCAGUCCUCUUCUAA